AGCAGCAGCCUCUGGUGCAAAGAGCCACAGGUUGUAACCCCCUUGCCCCACCUGGGCCAGCAGGGAGCUGGGGCUGAGGUCGCACAGCUGUGCCUGGCUUCGCACAAGACCCCCUAGAAGAUGGGGGACUGGGGGUUCCUGGAGAAGCUGCUGGACCAGGUCCAGGAGCACUCAACAGUGAUUGGGAAGAUCUGGUUGACGGUGCUGUUCAUCUUCAGGAUCCUUAUCCUGGGCCUGGCCGGGGAAUCGGUGUGGGGGGACGAGCAGUCGGAUUUCCUGUGCAACACCAAGCAGCCGGGCUGUGUCAACGUGUGCUACGACAAGGCCUUCCCCAUCUCCCACAUCCGCUACUGGGUGCUGCAGUUCCUCUUCGUCAGCACCCCUACCUUGGUCUACCUGGGCCAUGUCAUCUACCUCUCGGGGCGGGAGGAGAAGCUGAAGCAGCGGGAGAGCGAGCUCCGGGCGGCACAGAUCAAAGACUUGAAGGUGGAGCAGGCUCUGUCGGUGGUGCAGAAGAAGAUCUCCAAGAUCUCCGUGGCGGAGGACGGCCGCAUCAAGAUUCGCGGAUCCCUGAUGUGGACCUACGUCAUCAGUGUCAUCUGCAAGAGCAUCUUCGAGGCCGGUUUCCUCUUAGGCCAGUGGUACCUGUAUGGUUUCUUCAUGCCGCCCAUCUUCGUGUGCGAGAGGGCCCCCUGCCCCCACAAGGUGGACUGCUUUGUCUCCCGCCCCACUGAGAAGACCAUCUUCAUCAUCUUCAUGAUGGUGGUGGGCCUGAUCUCCCUGGGCCUCAACCUCCUGGAGCUCUUCCACCUCUGCUGCAAGAACCUGCUCAGCAGCAUGAGGGAGGCCUCUUCCUCUUCCAGCCCAGCUGGGGACAUAGACUCCUUCCCAGACAGCAAGCAGUGUCACUACCUCCCCCUGAGCGAGAGCCACUCCCCUCCCUACCUGGCCUACAACAAGCUGUCGAGCGAGCAGAACUGGGCCAACUUCAACACCGAGGAGAACCUGGCGCUGCGCAGUGGCAACAAGCCCUCCCCUGAGUCCUACGCCCCAGGAGCUCAGCCCCUGCAGGAGAGACAGGCCAGCCGGCCCGGCAGCUCUGCUUCCAAGAAACAGUACGUCUAGGAGAGCACUGAAACCAGGCUGCUGUGUCUCGGGGGUAUCCCUUGGCCAUUGAACAAGGGGAUACUCUGGUUCGUGGGCAUCUUGGCCAUAGGACCUGUUUGCUACAGAGGCUUUAAAAACCAAACCAAACCCCAAAGCUCCUAUUGGAGACCCACUUUGCUUGACUGGCAGGCACCUCCUGCUCUCCACUGUCCAUUGUGUGUCUGUGUAUUUAAAGUGUGGGUGCUUUCAGGUGAGUGCACCUCUCGGCAGACUGGCCGUGCCAUAGGACGUGCAUGUGGCUCAAUCGUAUGUUGCAUUGUAGCCGGCUGGCUGAAGUUUACAGGGCGCGAGGACCCUUCCUACCAUUCUGCUGAUGAAAUGUACCUCAGGCUCCCUUGGGAAGGGUUAUUCUCUGGUGCCUUCAUCUGUACAAAAGACCCUAAGUAACCGGUGUCACAUGAUACCAACACGUUCGCCUUUCUCCAGCUGCAGUCCCAGGAGAGCUGGUGCUUUCUUUUUUUAAACUGUGUAGACAUGGAAACCAAACGAAAUCCCUUCCUCAGCUACAGAAGCGUCUUCAGUGGAAAGCUGCCUGGGAUAUUGUGUGGCUUGCAUUCAAAUCCAAGGUGCUUUGCCUUGGGUGGACCAGCUACUGCGUCUUUGGGGCAAUAUGUGGGGAAAUAUCCUUACUAUAACUAGGGGAGAGUCCCCUUUCCUACUCAAUGGUUUCCAUCAUCUCUGAUCAGAGCUGUGCUUUGUAACCUGAACUCUAAAUCUCUCUAGCCGAGAUCUUUAAUUCCUAACUGGUGGAGUUAAUCUGGCCCAGCCUAGGUAAAUGAUUCUCCUUCUAAAGGAGGGAGUGGGGGAAGUCUAUUUGCCUCUGAGAUCUUAGCAGCUGCAAGAGUUUGCCUUCAGCCUAGAAGGUCCAUAGGGCAGCUUGCUGUAAGAAUUACUGUGGGGUUGGGGGGCACUGGAGUGCCAAUCAAAGCAGCUGGUCCUGCUCCUAAACCAAACCUCUCUCCUUCUUCUGGGUCACCUCCCAAAAUAAUCCCAACAUCUAGAUCUUGCCACACCGAGUUGCAUGACUCAGUAGCUUAUCCGUCCAAGCAGAGGUGCUAGCCCAGGGUGAGGAAACCCUGAUGCGCUAAGGAAAGGCCGUAUCACAGGACUUAAUGCCUACUUCCCUGAGUUCAGUUGCCCCAGAGCAAAGUUAUAAGCAUUGUCCUCAUGUACGUUCAGAGUAACUUACUGUCCAUGUGUUUGUAGGUGUAAGGGAUCCCCACGGGUAGCUGCAGUAACAGCCCUGGUCCUCUGCCCCAGAUGGCCUCAUUUCUGAGGCACACAUUUCCACUGGUUAACUAUUAUUGUUUAACCUGCUGGUCUGACUGUAAAACGACUGCAGCUUCAAAGCCCAAUAUUUGCCACUGGCUCUGUUAAGCUGUGGGUUGGCUAGCGCUAAGUGUGAGUAUUCACUUCUCAGCCACUUGACCGGGAUCCUACUGUGUGCUCAAAUCUGCUGGG